UUAAGCAAAUCUGUUUUGUAAAUGAACGAAUACUGAAAGUUUAUAGUUGGUUUCAUAUUCAGACAAUUAUUUCAAUUCAUUCCUCUGUAGAUCAAGUGCAAAUAUGAUUCCUCUCAAUGUAACAUAUGUUUAAAACAUACUAAUCGUUAUUUAGAUCUCUGUUUGUUUUAACCUAUUUGCUGACUUUGCAGCUUUAUGUCUGAGUAUAAACUACACUCUGUUAAACGAACUUGACUGAUGCUCAGCACAAAUACUUUUUCAGAACGAGCUAUAUACAGCUGGUGUGUCUAUAUGCUUUUGAGUUGACGUAAAAAUAUCAAAUCACAUGAAUGUUUAUAUUUCAAUUGCACAUAACCUCUUUUUUUUAUCUGUGAUUCAUACAUUCCACCGAAGACAUCACUUCAAUGGAUGCAGAAUCUCUGCGGAAGAUCAUCACAUCUCAGAGUGAAAAACGAAGAAUAGAAAAGAAAGGAUACAAAGAAGGCCCAGUGAAAAGGAUAGUGAGAAUUAUGGAUGAGCCCGUUUUCAUCUUGAGGAGGUUAGUUUUGUACAUUGGGGACCAACGGUGUGCCGUGACAUUACUAUCUCUCAACCUCAAGCUCGAAGGAAACCUUGCUCUGGAAUACUAUCUAAACGAAUUGAUGAGGACUUUGCAAGGACCAGGAAAGCCUAGAUUGAGGAAGAGAGUCAAGUCCCCAAUCAAAUAUAGUCGGGUAGUCACCACGGAGAGCGAUAUCGAGGAAGGAGGGAAGGCCCGCGAAGAAGAGAGAAUGGAAGUGGACAUCACUGAAUCAGACUUGGAAGAAGCUUUUGCAAGAGCGGUCAACAUUGAAGGCUCUGAAAAAGGUGAAGAUGAGGAGACCAUUAUAGAGAAAGAAACAGAAAACUCGGCCACCGAAGCGACGCUUAGCCAACCUGGUUCUUCGGCGGUAGACAAACUGGAGUCCCUCUUGUCUGAACUCAUUGAACAGGAACUGUCUAGCACGUGUGAAGUGAAACAGGAACGGGAAGAUGAAGAUGAGUAUCUUGUACAGAAGUAAUAAAUAAGCAAAACAUAGAAACUUAUUUAUUUAAUAUUUUCAGUAAAUCCAUCAAAUCAUAUUUUUAUUAAUUUUUUUAAUACUCAUAAAAUAGUAAUUCACCACCUUAAUUUAAUAUGAAUUAUAGUCCUCAGAAAUUAUCUCUUAAAUAUAUUAUGCGCUAAAAAUGAUUAACUACUAUUUUAAUGGACAAAUGAUUAUUUAAUAAUUAAGACAGUACCUUUAUAACCUAUAAAUUAUAACCCUAAUGAUAUCGUUACCAAUAGCAACCAUUUCAUAACUUAUUUUUUUUCGUUUUAUUUUUAUGAGUGGAAAUUUAUAUUAAAUUAAUUAUUUAAAAGAUAAAAGACCAAUAAAGAUGUGUUUAUACAGUAUGACGAUACUUAUAAAAUUAAAAUCGUUGUAUUAUAAUUUAUACGGGUUUCUAAAAUUUCGUUAAUAUUUUUACAUUACGUUAUUUUAGAGGGAAAAAAAUCGUUUAUUUAUCCAUGCAAAUAUAUUUCAUAAUAUGUGGAGUAUAUGUAAUAUAAAAGAUAUAUUUGCUUCUAUUGUAUUUCCACCAUGUAAAGUUGAAGUGAUUUAUUCUCAAGCAUGAUGUUAUUAUUUAGGUUAUAAUUGGAAACAUAGCAACCACAGAGCCUUAUGACUCAAAAUUGCAGAUAAAGAAUAAAACAAUUAAUUCUUAGCCAACAUUUUGGAGACAUGAGGGAUUUUUCCAAUUAUAACCUAACGUUGAAUAUCUGUCUCUUGAGUAUUUACUGAUUUAUAUUAAUGCUAUUAUUAUUAUUAUAAAAUUCCUCUCGCUAUAAUAAAAACGGUAUCAUUCAGAAACUGAUUAUAGAAACCGUUAAAUUUUAAAUUAAAUUAAAAAUCUAUCAUUACCAAUAAACCUCGAAAAAAAAAACGAUAAUGACGUAGAAAUUGAAAUAUUGCGAAUACAAAAAUUUAAUUUAGAAAUCAAAAUCGUAAACAAAUAUUUCGCAAAUUUAUGAGUUCUAAAACUUGUUUCGGACCCUUGAUUACUACAUUCAAUGCCUCUGAUGAAAAAUGUGACUUAGGGUGAGUUUAGUAAGCUAUACUCUCGCAUAUAAAUACAAAUGCGUAAAUGAAAAAUAAACAUUUUUAAAAAAUUUAAACUAGCAUAUCAUGCCGUGAAUUUUCAAUUAAUUUGUAUAGUCAUCAAAGCAUUUUCUGGGAGAUAUCAAGUGGUCUGAAAUGGACAGUUGUAUGCUGACUAAGACAUUUUCUUAUCUAAUGAAACAAUAUUUUUUUAUUAUUACAAUUAUCAUAUAUAUUAUAACCUAUACUAAAGCUGUAAUAAAGUGAAUAAACUAUGAAUUGUGAAUAUUGAUCUAGUUUAUGACGUUUUCAAUAAUCAUCUGAUAGGCAUUUGUUUUAAUGUAUUGUAGAAAUAAAAAAUUCAUUGCGAGCCUAUUUAAAAAAACAUGAGCCGGCAUUGCCUUAAAGGUUAAACCAAUGGUGGACCAUAUUUUGAAUAUGGGUCAUGGUAAACUGAUUUUAAGCAGGUCUUGUUCUUUUGGGUUUGUGUUAUAACUUAUGAAUAAUU